AAAUUCCCUGGCAAGGACAUUUGUGGAUCUAUAUAUACCCCUUCUCAAAUUGGUCUACCACAUCAAAAUUUCAUUUCUUUUCCAUUCUCUUUUGUUCUGCUUCACCUUUUGUGCACAACAAAAUGACUAUCCUCAUUGAGCAACCUAUCCUUGCCCUUGAGUCACAAUUUGAAGGGAAGAACGUGCAUGCCGAAGAAACCAAUGAGCUUGUAUUGGAUGGUGGAUUUCUGGUUCCAAAGGAUGGAUUCAUGACUCCAGAAAUCAAUGCAUUUGGCCAGUCCUUCAGAGAUUAUGAUGUUGAAAGCGAGAGGCAAAAGGGUGUGGAGGAAUUUUAUAGGUUGCAACACAUCAACCAGACAUAUGACUUUGUGAAGAGAAUGAGGAAGGAGUAUGAGAAAUUGAACAAAGCAGAAAUGGGUAUUUGGGAAUGUUGUGAGUUGCUGAAUGAAGUGGUGGAUGAGAGUGAUCCUGAUUUGGAUGAACCUCAAAUUCAGCAUUUGUUGCAGUCUGCUGAGGCCAUCAGAAAGGACUAUCCUAAUGAAGAUUGGUUGCAUUUGACUGCUCUCAUCCAUGAUCUUGGAAAGAUUCUUACCCUUCCCAAGUUUGGUGGACUUCCUCAAUGGGCUGUUGUGGGAGAUACAUUUCCUCUUGGCUGUGCCUUUGAUGAGUCAAAUGUUCAUCAUAAGUAUUUCAAGGACAACCCGGAUUACACAUGCCCUGCUUAUAACACCAAAAAUGGGAUCUACACCAAAGGGUGUGGACUAGACAAUGUUGUGAUGUCUUGGGGACAUGAUGAUUACAUGUAUAUGGUUGCGAAGGACAAUGGCACCACUUUGCCAUCUGCAGGAUUGUUUAUUAUCAGAUAUCACUCUUUCUAUCCUUUGCACAAGGAAGGUGCAUACACUCACUUGAUGAAUGAAGAAGAUGUUGAGAAUUUGAAGUGGCUCAAAGUAUUUAACAAAUAUGAUCUAUACAGCAAAAGCAAAGUUCUAGUCGAUGUGGAGGAAGUUAAGCCAUACUAUGUGUCACUCAUUGAGAAGUAUUUCCCUGCGAAGCUUAGAUGGUGAAACAUUUGAGGUCAAGGGACUGAGGAGAGUUGCUUUUUAAUUACUAUGGCGAGCAACGGAUUUAACAAAUUACUAAAUUUAUUUUUAUUUUUCCUUCUAUACAAGGAUUCAGAUUGCAAUUCAUCAUAUUGAAAUGCGUUUCUUUCAUGUAUUCGUUUGCAAAUUGCAAUCUUCAAAUUAUAAAUAUCAUAUCCAGUUAAAGACUAAAAUGAUUUAAUA